GUGUGUUGGAUCACUGUUGACAUUCUGGCCUGCCAAGCGAUAUGAGGUCGCAAUAAGCAGUUUGAAGCUUAUAAUUUCCCUCUACUGUAAUGUCAUUGGGGGUUUAUUAUAUUCCCGGACAUCUUCCAAUGUAGUGGUGUGAUCGAAGCAGAGCUUAAGAUGCUGCUGUCUUUGGGGAUGCUGAUGCUGUCCGCCACACAGAUUUACACCAUUUUCACGGUUCAGAUCUUCGCCUUUCUCAAUCUUCUGCCCGUGGAGGCCGAUAUAUCAGCUUACUCAUUUGACAAUAAGACGGAGAACUUUGAUGACUUGCCUGCUCGGUUUGGCUACAGGCUGCCCAGUGAAGGACUGAAGGGUUUUCUGAUCGGGGCUCGUCCUGAAAAUGCCUGUGUGCCGAUCGAGCCUCCGCCACAGAGGGAAAACCUCAGCAGCGCCUUCAUCGUCCUUAUCAGACGCUUCGACUGCAACUUUGACAUCAAGGUCCUCCAUGCGCAGAAGGCCGGCUACAAGGCGGCGAUUGUCCACAAUGUGGACUCUGAUGACUUAAUCAGCAUGGGAUCCGAAGACCUGGAUAUUCUGAAGCAGAUAGACAUUCCUUCUGUGUUUAUCGGUGAAGAAGCGGCCAACUCUCUGAAAGAGGACUACAUCUAUGAGAAAGGGGGUCACGUGAUCCUCAUGCCGGACUUCAGUUUGCCGCUGGAAUAUUAUCUGAUCCCAUUCCUCAUCAUUGUGGGAAUCUGCCUCAUCCUCAUCGUAGUGUUUAUGAUCACAAAGUUCGUUCAGGACCGACACAGAGCCCGGAGAAGUCGCUUACGCAAGGACCAGCUGAAGAAACUCCCAAUCCACAAAUUUAAGAAAGGAGACUCGUAUGACGUGUGUGCCAUCUGUCUGGACGAGUAUGAAGAGGGCGAGCGGCUGCGGGUGCUGCCCUGCUCACACGCCUAUCACUGUAAGUGUGUGGACCCCUGGCUGACCAAAACCAAGAAGACCUGUCCGGUUUGCAAGCAGAAGGUCGUCCCGUCAGACGGCGACUCCGAGUCCGACUCGGAUUCAGUGGACAGCGGCGGCGAGGAUAACGAAGUGUCUGAAAACACACCGCUACUGCGCUCUCUGGCAUCCACUAGCGCUCAUUCAUUCGGCAGCAUGUCGGCCUCACUAUCGCAACAUGACGCCGAAUCCUCCGAUUACGAUGAGCGCAGCGACUCCAGCGACAGCGAGGAAGAGGUCACCGUGGAGACUGUGGUGGUACAGCUGCAGCAGGGCCAUCCUGACGACACAGAGGCUAACGCUUAAUGCUAACUCGAACUCUACAUGGAGAGAGCAGGACGUUCAUCCACACUCACGGUUUAUUGCUAAAAGUCUGUUUAACACACACUGUGCAGCAGUACUCGAAAUAGAGCUUUUAUUAAGUCAUGAGAAUCCCACACAACUAAUCAUGUGAGUUUUUUUACACGACUCUGCAAUUAUUGGAGUUGUAAAUCGUUAUGCCACUGUCCAAUGCUAAUAUAUUUUUGCUCAAUCGCGAAAUUUGCUGAUAUUUUGUUUUGCAGAAUUUCUUUACUUUUACAAAACUGUUUCCGAAAACGUUUUGGCGAAUUUUUAUCGCAGUAUUCAGCGAAUGUUUUGCAGAAUUACGCAGGUUUCCAUUUUAUACGAGUCAUAAAAAUGGCAGACCGUUGAACUUUGGUGAUUUUAUAAGCAUGUUUUGCAGAAUUACUUUACUUUUUCCAGAUUUACUCAACUGUUUCCAAAACAUUGUUUGGCAAAAUAAAAAUGUUCGCCAAAUUAAACGAAUUUUUCUCUAAAUGACACGAUUUGAUGGUAUAUGAAAAUUUGAGAUUGCUGAAUCGUGACACGUGUUGAUAUGAGAAUAUGUUGCAGAAUUCCUUCAUUUUUUCAUCACCGUCUCCAAAACGUUUUGGCGGUAUUAAUUUUUUUCACAUAAUUGAGCAAAUUCUUGCAGAAUUACGUUUCCAUGACAUUCAUUUGAUUUGAAUUGUAAAAUUUGGUGAUGAUAUGAGCAUGUUUUGCAGAAUUACUUUACUUUUUUUCAGGGUUACACCACUUUUCAAAACGUUGUGUGGGGAAUUUGAAUUAUCACCAAAUUCAACAAAUUUUUCUCCAAAUUACACACGUUUCGAUAGAAUUAUAUGAAAAUUGGCUACUGUGAAUUGUGAAAUUUGGUGAUAUGAGAAUGUUUUGCAUAACUACUUUUUCCAUCAGUUUCCAAAAGCUUUUGGUGAAAAAAA